AUGCCUGUCCCUUCUGUCCCACCGCGUGGACAGCCGCUGGGAGUUAGUCGGCUUGAUCAUCAGAUCCGUCGCCAGAACGGAUCAACAUCAGUGCUUGAACUCUCCCCACAGCGGGUUCAGCUCGCCAAGAAAAAUCCUCCCCCGAACCUAACCGCCAGGGUCGAAGAGCUUACUAGGGAAUUAGGGAACCAGCGUCAAGAGAUCCGGUUCUACCGGGAUGGAUUCGAGAACCUACAGAAGCUCCGCGAAACAUGCUAUGACGCUUAUCAGCAGCUCUUCCUAGCGAAUCACCUGGACCACGACUUCGAACGAUUGAAUGAGCUCAUAGUCCAACUUCACCGUGCGCUGGAGGGCUCGGUGCGCCGUGAGGUUAGGGCAGAAAAAUCUUGGAUGGCUUUCUGGGGGAUAGAAGAUAAGGACGAGUCGGAGGGAGGGUUGGUCUAA